AUGAAAGCAAUUUGGUUAACAUCAAUAUAUAAAACUCCAUUUCGUGAUCUUGGUUAUGAUGUAAGUGAUUUUUGUUCAAUUGAUCCUCGUUUUGGUAAUUUUGAUGAUUUUAAAUCAUUAGUUGAUGAUAUACAUUCACAUCAAAUGAGAUUAAUUCUUGAUUUCGUACCAAAUCAUUGUUCUUCGGAACAUCGAUGGUUUCAAGCAGCACUUAAAAAUGAUUCACAUUUUGUUGAUUAUUCUAUUUGA